AAAACUUUUAUUCAAACCAAUCCUUCCUCUAACAUUGUUAUUUUACUUCAUGUGGAUCCAGGAAAAAGCACUUUGGCAGAAAAGCUUCUUUAAAUAUUUAAAUAAAAAGAAAUAAGAAAAAAUCAAAAGAAAGCUAAGAAUUAAGGUAAAGAUUUAUCUGCACUUGCAUAUGCUUAAAGAGAAAAAGAAAAAGGUGUUAGAUAUAGCAUAUACAUCAAUUUUGAUUUUAAAAAGACAAUAAAAUCUAUAAGGUUCUCUUGGAAAUACCAAUUUUAGACCUCAUUUAAUAACAGGAGCAGCAUAAGCUGAUUAUGCCAUCUUAGAAAUAGAUACUACAAAAAAUAUAUUUGCAAAUACCAUAUAAAGUGGUAUGUUAAAAGAAAAAUUAUAAUUUAUAAAUGCUAUACUUAUUAAAUAAAUUAUAGUUGCAUUAAAAAAAAUGGAUUAAAUUAAUUGGGAUCAAAAAUAAUAUUAGGAAGUUAAAAAAUACAUUUAAACUUCUGCUACUAAAUUAGGUUAUAAUAAAUAAUAAAUCAAAUUUGUAUAAAUAUCUGCAUUUCAAAGUUAGAAUAUAAAAAACAAACACAACAACUUAUGGUAUUAAGGAUUAACUUUGGUUGAAACAAUUUUAUAUUAACCUCCUAUCGAUAGAAGAGAAAAUUAAGAUUUUCUUUAAAUAAUAUAUUUUAGGCCAAUCAGAAGGAAGAUUAAAAGGUACAUCUUUAUUAGACAAAUUACAUUCAGGCUAUUUUGAAAAAAUAUAUACAACAAGGAAUCUAUUGUGAAGUCAAAGAGGUUGAAAAAUAAAAAGUGGAAGGAGAUAUUUUAUAAAUGAAGAUUAAAACCCAAUGGAUAUAGAAUUUUAAAAUGUUCAUAUUUUUAGUUAAUUUUGAGUUUAACUGA